ACUUACUGCUUUCCGCGCAAUCGCCAUCAUAAUUGGCCAUGGUUUUCAUUCAGGUUCUGAUCUAUGGAAUCUCGAGCCCUGUUGGACUUGGAAUAAUAUGUCGGAACCGCCAUCAUGUAAUUUUUAUCGUUUCCACCAAACCAAUGGAUUUAUUAGGCGUGGCUUCCCUACUGUCAACCCCUACGUCGGAAUCCCUUGGUGGUGCCAGGGAAGAAAUGUUGACGUCCACAACGUUCUCAACCAUAUCCGCUCAAGAAUUCGGUUACGUGGACAUUGUUGGACUGCUUCUCAGGCAUGGUGCAGACGUAAAUGCUCGCUCAUCAGAAGAUUCAACCCCUUUGAUCUGUGCAGCUGACGGUGGAUAUCUCAACGUAUUGGCAUUGCUUUUAAACGCUGGAGCCAGAAUGGAUUUACUAAACCACAACGGUGAAACUGCAUUGGCUCGCGCUACUAGAAAAGGUUGGGCACAUUGUGCACGACUGUUACUAACGUACGGUGCUAAUCCACAGCCCAUGGCCACUGAUGGUCAUCCGUUGGUAGUGUCUCCCCUGCACUUGGCGCGCCAGAUGCAUCAGACAGCCAUUGAGAAGGACAUACUAACCAGAUCUGUUGCCAUGGAGAACCGAAUGCUGGAAAUUGUGAAGGCCACCAUCCCAAAACAUAUUUCUCUGCUUGAGCCAGGACAUUUGGUGGACACAAAGACGUCGAGCUUUUUCCCAAUUCAACUCGUAUCUGAAGAACAAUUGUCCCGAUUUGUACUCUACUUCAAAACACCCCCAGGCUAUGAGAUGGUUGAUGUGAACAAUAGUCUCGGAGUUAAGGGAUCCUCCUCGUCGGACGAAUUGAUUCUUGUGUAUGUCGUCCGUGUACAGCUACUGGACGGCCAUAUCCGACACUGGUUAACAGGUCCAGGGUUUGAUACAGUCCGCCUCAGCUUCAACGGGACUCGCCGUCAUUGCACCAGAAUGCCUGGUUGUACUGAUUACCCCGGAUUGUGUGUCUAUUCCGUGGCGUCAGCGAUCAAGAGCGGUGGUCUGAAUACACUCUGCUUGGACUCGUCUUCUUCAACAUGGAAGCAUGGAUCCAUAGACACUCAGUCAUCUCCCCGCUGCUCUACUCCGUCGAUGGUACUCAUUGGUGCAUACCGUGUUCGGAUCGAUGUGACUUCCUUGAUACAGGCCUCCGCUGGACUUACUUUCGGUGGACCCAACAAACCGACAAUUUAUAUCCCGCGAUCACUAUCGAUGGUAGAACUGACCUACCUCUACUGUGAAAAUGCACGUUGUGACAUGGACAGUCGGUUGACCGAAGGUCAAGAACAGCGGGAAAGUGGUCAGUCUGCACGUGAGUAG